ACUCAUUCAUGAAUGAAAAACCUGUGACAGAUUUUGAUAGAUCACCGACAAAGUGAUGAAAGCUCCGCCUCUUCCUUCUUUAAUCCAUAGACCGUGAGAUUAUUACAUAGUAAAGUUCUUUAAGGAAAUAGUUUAAGAGGAACACGACAACCCUGUAUAUCACCCAAAAUAAUCGGCAGUUGGAUUGUUGUGGUCAAUAGUAUCUGGAGAUAAUCCUUGAGAGGAGGGAAAAGUCGGGUGCUUCUUUACGCUCGCCAAGUACCCAUCUUCAAAAGUAAUGAGAUCCGAAAACAUUAUGACUUCAAGUUACGACUUUGAAAUUACAGAGGAUUACCAAAAUUGUGAUAUGGAAGAUUUUUCAAUGCGAGCAACCGAUUAUGAAAUUCGGAAGCGGCCUACUAAAAGAGAAGGGCCAGGUUCUCCUUCAGAUUCAUGUGCAAGUUCGACAACCGAUGAAUACACAGAGAGAAAAAUGAAAACCAUUCGGAAGUCGACGAAACGUCGGAAAGGACAUAGUGCUAGGGAGAGAAAUCUACGGCGGAUUGAGAGUAAUGAAAGAGAAAGAAUGAGGAUGCAUUCUUUAAACGAUGCAUUCCAAGAAUUAAGGGGAGUGAUUCCACACAUAAAUUUGGAGAGGAAGUUAUCAAAGAUAGAAACAUUGACAUUAGCCAAGAAUUACAUCAAAGCAUUAACAAAUGUGAUUUGUGACUUCCGAGGAGAAAAGACCCCAUAUACAUUCGAGAAAAUAGACGAAAUUGAUGAAAGCGAUGAGGAUUCAAAUGAAGACGUUCAUAUAGAUGAUUCUCCUGUUAUGCAAGAGGAGUCCAGUGAAGUUCUAAGUGACAGCAUCUAAAAUACAAAACAAAUUCUGAAUUGAAAUUUGCUGCUGGAGGAUAAAUAAAGCAAUUGUGAUAUUAUUUUAUGAGAAUUCUUUAACAAAGAGUACAUAUAUAUUUAUUUUUUGCAACUUUUUUGUCUGUGAACUUAUAGAACAUUCCAUCGCCAAAAAAUACAUAGAGAUUUAUCAUCAUCGUUCAAUUAUACAUCAAGGAUCAUUGGCUUCACUGAUACCAGGAGUAAAUUCAAACAAACGAAAUGUCAAAUAGUGAAGAGGAAACUUGUGAAAUACUCGUACUAAUAAGAUUAUUGUAUAUAUUUUGCAUGUAUACAUUUGCUUUUAAGGUAGUUCGUCCAUUGAACAUUAUAUUCUAUUAUUCAUAAUCUGGCGGAAUCAAAGCCAUUAGUAUUGACUCUCCGAUUGGUCUUUUCUAGAAAUUCUAGUUCAGUAUGAUAGAAAUGUACAACUUUGUUGUUGUAGAAAUGUGACAUAGUUGAUGUGAUUUCGGGUAACGUGGUUACCAGUUUGGACAUCGGAGUUGUCAAACUUCUGAGUGCAAUGUAUUAGCGACGACAAGUUCUGUUUAAGGCAUUUGAGGUCACAUGCAUAGCAAGAGUACAUGUGAUUGCAGCAUCUAGUCAGUCUAAAUAUCUAGUUAGGUGGCAAGCUUUGCGGAUAGCAAUCUUUAUAAAGAAUAUUGAAAAGAAGAAUUUUACUCCCAAUAUUCAAACAAACAUGUUGUUUUGAGAAGUAAAACCGAGAGAGUUGUUCUCUAUUCGUUAUAUACAGGAACGUCUAAAUGUUUAACAAUUUAUUCAUUGAAAAUUACAAGGAUCAGUAUGAAUUGUAAAACGCACUGCCCUUUAAAUUGCGCCGAAAAUACAUGAAACUUUUGUUUUGAUUCCGCCAAACAUGAAUAUGAAAUGAAAUGUUCGGGCUACUCUUAUGGGUGCUUGGGUUAAUUAUAUAUAUAUAUAUUUAUAAGUGACUACCCAGACACUAUUAUUUAACUUACAUUUAUUUAUUUAUCAUUAUUUAUUUAACAUAAGGCUUAUCUCUGUCUCAGAAUCAAUGAAACUGCUUUUGAGGCCAACUUUUUCAUCAUUUAUCAAUAUUUCAAAACCAUGAUCUUGCAUUAAAACCACCACAAUAAACACCUUGUAAUCAGAAACCAAAGAUUCAUAUCAACAGGAACAUAGAUCAACAUAGAUUUUUAAAAUUUAUCAUACGUAUAUUUUCUUGGAGGUUUCCAACCAUUUAUUUAAAAAUGAUCAUAAAUAACCCUUUUUUCUCGAUGGAACAAAUUUCAGUCACCAACUGCAAUUAAAUACAUCACAAAAUGGAAACAUUUUAUUUACCACCAUUAAUUUUUAAAUACGUGGUUCCAGAUGAGAAGGGGACCUAUCUAAAAUAUAUGAAGUUCAUCCAAUAUUUUCAAUAUCAUCGGAGAAAGAAACGUAUGACGUUGUAGAUUUGAAUAACACUUGUUUUAAGUAUACGUAACACCUUGAACAACAUCAUUAAAAUGUAAUCAAUUAUAAAGAAAAGUUCAGUGUGUGUUCACACAUAAUAUAAAUCGUAAUUCAAUUUUAAAAUAUCGUCUAGAUCGCGUAUGAAGAAACCCUAAAAAUAUCUCUGGUACUUUGCUGUUCUUGAACAUAUAUAGUAUGGUACAAUUUAUACAGAUAAUAGUAAAUUUGUUUUUGUUAAAGAGCUUAUUGAUUUGAGAAAUCAGUACACACAGUUUUCAACAUAAGAUAGAUUUGAACACUUUUUGUAUAAAAUCAUCCGAUAUAAAACAUCAAGUACCUUUUAAUAAAGUCGGAGCCAAUAUUUCCUUUGAGGAAGAAACGUAACUAAAUGUAAAAUUCUAUCGCUUUCCAAUAGAUUGUAAUGGAACAAAUGAGCCAUUUGCAUACAUCAGAUACGCAAGGAAACGUUCAACAUCUGGCCAGAACAAUAGAAUUUACCAAUUUAGACUUACGCCCACAUCAAUUCACUUUUUUUUAAACAUCAAAGAUAUUUAAAAAGAGUUUCAUUCCAAAUGUAUAAAAAUUAUUAUGAUAUUGUAUAUUACUUUACAACUCUGUAUUUUUUUAAAAUAGUUCUUGAAAGUUGCUUGUAAUGAAAUAUGGAAAUGAUUUUGUAAUCAAUGAGUGGAAUUUUAAUCUGUUGGAGUAUUCUUCAAUUUUUCUGGUACUAUUGUUGCAGAAGAAUAGGUUUUACAUAUUUGUUUCCCAUCUUAGUUCAUUUGUAAACAUCACAGAAAAUUUAAUUGUUGACAAGAUAUUACAAAUGUUCUAUGAAGAUAGUUUAGAUAUUUUUACAAUACCACCAAGAAUCAAAGCCAAAAGCGUAAUAUUAACAAUCAAGAUGAUAGUCAUCGCCAUGACACUCUGUAUGAAGGAUUUUGAGUCAUACGAAAUUUGACGAAGAGAAUUGUUUUCUGAUGAGAACUUCUUUCUCAACAGCAAGUAUACUAGAAUUCAAACGGAGCAAACUUUCUCACAAAAUGAAUUUUAACUAUUGAUAAUAUUAUUCCAUAAUUUUUAAUUCUAACCAAAUGUUUGUAGAUUGGCAUCUUGAUCUAUAAUGGAACAUAAUAAUUUCAUGUUACUCAUUGUAAGUUUCCUUAAUAUUGUUAGCACUAAUUUGGUAUUUAGACAAAGUGCAAAUUAAAGGCUUCAAUAAUGACUGGAGACUAGAGCCUAUUCCUAAUCAUCUUUGAAAAUGUCAGACUUUUGAUGACGUAUAACUAAUCUUGUUAAGAACAUAUAACAUAGAACUUAUAUGUAAGUCUCAGUUGUUUACCCACUGAUGUAUGAAAUUAGAUUUCUGUGUUAUAUUAUUGUACUAUAGUGCUCAGAAAUGUCCCUUGACUGAUUUAUUUUUCUAUAAAAGAUCUGGAUUAACGUUAAUUGAUAAUCAGACUAAACAAGUUCCAAGCAAGCUGUGUUCCAUGUUGUUCUAGCGCAUUACAAUCCAUUCCUUUUGUUUUUAUAAAGCUGGUUUCGUGAUGUACCAUAAGUCAUAAAAAUACUUUUCACACAGAAAUAUCUCGUAAUAAUAUAAGAUGUUUUCCGAAUGUAUGAAUACAAUUAGAUGUGGGGGUAUACGCUAAUGAGACAGCAACCCAAUGACACAAAUAACCAAAAGACUUCUAGAUGGCAACAGUGUUCAUUAGUAGACUGUUGUCUAUACAAUAUGUUAAGCAUUAAAUCGUCCGGAAUCUGUUAAGAGGGGGGUUCCUUCAAUAGCUUGAUGUAAAACCCAGUCCAUAACAAUAAUCUGUUAAGAGGGGGGUUCCUUCAAUAGCUUGAUGUAAAACCCAGUCCAUAACGAUAAUCUGUUUAGAGGGGGGUUCCUUCAAUAGCUUGAUGUAAAACCCAAUCCAUAACGAUAAGCCUUAAAAAUGUUUUGCAUAGUUUCUGUAGGUCAUUUAAAAAGAAUUUACACUCUCCUUAUAUUACAGAAUUUGAAUUGUAGUACCAAAUAAUGAGUAUGCUUAUCAACAAAAAUCGAAUAUUACCCUACGUGUAAUCAGUUUGAAAGUUGGAAAACUGUUGUCUCCGAAUGCUAUAAAAACAAUUUAAUAAGUGUGUUAAUCUUUGUCCUUGGCAAGAACUGCUGUCUGUAACACAACGCCUUUCUUCCUCCCCUCGGUGGACUUUGAUUUCAUGUUUUUCAUAGGACCAGACAAUAACUAUUAAAGUGCUCAAUCACAUGAAUUAAUUUUUCAUUAAUCAAAGUCUGUCAUGUUCAUUAAAAGGUGCUAUUCUAUGUUCACAUAAUGUUUGUACAAAAUCAUUAUUGAUUUUCUUCAUUUAAUUUGCCUGUACAUUUUAUUUUGUAAAUAAGAUAUAUUUAAUUGUCAUUUAUCAGAAUUGAUUUAAUAGUUUCGUAAACUAACAACAUUUUUUGAUUCUUUUUAAACCUUUUUUAUAUCGGGACAUAUAAGUUUAUGAUCUAAGAAAUUCCAGAGUUACUGUUUUCAUCGUUACAUUUGAUCAUAUGAGUAAAAGGCAUUGCAAUACCAUUCAAAAUUGAGAAAUAUUUUUUGAAGGGGUGCGCAUAAGGAAGAUCAAUAGCACAUCUCCUAUUACCGACUAUCGGUACUGCAGAAGCAACAAGUAUCAACAUCUGCUGUAGAUGAUUUAAAAAUCUAUUCGGGAACACGGAUUUGUUGUAUCUGCCGUAGUGAUAGCCCUUACUAGGGUGUGAAAACAAUCACACGGAUCUAUUGUAUCUGCCGUAGUGAUAGCCGUUAAUAGGGUGUGAAAACGAUCACACAUAUUUAUGUUGAUGGCUAGUUAGUCAAAAAAUCGUAUGUGGAUUCAUUUAUAUAUUUUUUUUCAAAACGCGUUUUUAACACAAUGAUAAGCAUUAUUUCCGUCCUCUUUCUGUUUGAUGUAUAUUUUUUAUUAAAGUUGGGAAGACAAAAACUCGGGACCUUGCGUGAAUCGGAAUAAAGAACAGAGUUUAAAAAAAACCAACAAGAAUUAGUAAAGCUGACAAUCCACGAAAAGCAUAAAGUGAGAUCGUAAUCAACAGUAACAUGCUAUUGCCAUGCCAAGAAAGGGACAACUCUUUAAUGUAAUUAAGCUCAAAUCAAACAGGCUACAAGGUUGAUAUUUUGUAUUAUUUAUUUUUAAUUUCUUCUAUUUCAACUUCCUAAUACAAUUCAAUUUAGUAUACAUGUAACAGCUUGAAAUUGUUGAAACAUGGACAUGUAUUUAUUACAAGUUAUUGAUGUUUCUUUGAAAAACGAAUUUAGCUUCCUUGUAAUGAUGUGGUGGAAUGCCAACCAUUGCUUCCAAAAAAAUACAAAAAUACAUUUCUUUUAAUUAUUUUUCUCUGCUUUUUUGUUUUGUUUCCAUGAAUGCAUAUAUUGUAAUAUACAUUGAAAAGCUUGUAUGUUUAAUUUGUUUUAUGAUUUAUUGUAUAAUUUAUAAAUUGAUCUGCAAGUUUUGUCUUAGUUAUAAAGUAUUUUUUUUAAUGAUUUAACAGGUUCAGAUAUACUUCAUUGUUUAAUUUACAUGGCAGUAAUUGGUUUUCGUACCAGAUAUUUAAACUAAAGAAAAAACUAUAAUUGUUUUCUGUAAUUUAGAAUUUAUUUUGUAUAUGUUAUACUUGUUGAAAUCAUUCCAUAGUUUAAGAAUAAACAUAUAUAAUGUAAUAAAAUAAUCAAAGCAA